CACCAGUCGGACGCUCUCGUCCCCCCAGCAUUUGCAUAUAACACGCCGUUCUCCCCUCUCAAUUCUCCAACAUUUCCCAUUUUCAACCUCUGCUUUUCAGUUGCGUUGUUCAUCUGGUCUCUUAGUUUCUCAUAUAUUCGGCUUUAAUAUUUUGCUUUGCGAUUGCCGAACACGUUUUUCUGUUGUCGAGCAAUAAAAAGUCAAAUACCCGGCGAAAACAUCGCAGUUUUUUUUUACAACUCUCAACUUGUACUUUUACGCGUUUUCAAUAACGGACCGGUUUUUUUAAGGUUCAUUUCCUAUCUAUACCAUUUAUAUUCAUUUUUGUUGUCGAUCUUCAAACGUAAAACUCGUUUGACUCAAGACUUCUAACUUGAUUUGUAACUUUAAACGUUAUGGCUGGCAACACUGGUGAUUCAUCUUUCACCGUUCCCACUCACGAGGGUGAGUAUGUUUCUUAUGAUGCGGAAAAUGGCGAUCGCCAAAUUUAUGUUCCCUCUAUUAAAGAGACCUUCAAGUUUGACAACGUCUCCGAAGAGGAAAUGAUGACUGAGGGCUCUCCUUACUACCUUGGUAAAAAAGAGGAUGAGAAGGAUGAAGUGGUGCUCACUCCCAAUCCUCGCCGGUUUGUCAUGUUCCCCAUCGAAUAUCAUGACAUCUGGCAAUUCUACAAAAAGGCUGAAGCUUCUUUCUGGACAGCCGAGGAAAUUGACUUGUCGAAGGAUUUACACGACUGGGACAACAAAUUGAACAAGGACGAACGUUACUUUAUUUCCACUGUGCUCGCAUACUUCGCUGCUUCCGAUGGUAUUGUUAACGAGAAUCUGCUUUCUCGUUUCAGUUCCGAGGUUCAAAUCGCUGAAGCUCGCUGUGUGUAUGGAUUUCAAAUUAUGAUUGAGAAUAUCCACUCCGAGACGUAUUCCCUCUUGCUUGAUACCUAUAUCCGCGACCCCUAUGAAAAACAGCGCCAUUUCGACGCCAUCCUCACCAUGGGCUCAAUCAAAGCCAAGGCCAAAUGGGCUUUGCGUUGGAUCGAGGAUCCCGAAUCCAUCUAUGCCGUGCGUCUUGUCGCUUUUGCGGCUGUCGAGGGAAUUUUCUUCUCCGGCUCUUUUGCUUCUAUCUUCUGGUUAAAGAAGCGUGGUUUGAUGCCUGGUUUGACAUUCUCAAACGAGUUGAUUUGCCGUGACGAGGGUGUGCAUACGGACUUUGCCUGUUUAAUGUUCAGUCACUUGAAACAUCGUCCCGGCAAGAAGGUCGUUGAGCGCAUUAUUAUCGAAGCCGUCAACAUCGAGAAGGAGUAUUUCACCGAUGCUCUUCCCGUCUACUUGCUCGGUAUGAAUUGCGAUCUUAUGUGUCAGUACAUUGAGUUUGUUGCUGAUCGUCUUCUUUUGUCUCUGGGCAAUGAGAAGUACUACAAUGUCACCAACCCUUUUGACUUUAUGGAGAAUAUUUCUCUUGCUGGAAAGACAAACUUCUUUGAGAAGAAGGUCUCCGAUUAUCAGAUUGCAGGAGUUAUGGCUGCCCAAAACAAAGACAAUGAUGAACAUAUGUUUACUGUCAAUGAAGACUUUUAAGAAAGACACAGCAUUCAAUUGCAAAGUCGAGUAUGAUAACGUUACUUCUAUGAAUACCCGAUGAAAACCAAUUUUCUUUUGGUUGUUUUUUAACAGUAAGUAUGGACUUACUAAGGAGAAUAGGAUUGUCUGGGUACGACUUGUAUUCUUUAGAUAUUAAUUCAAUGUUAACUAUACAACAUCACAAGUGGGAAACAAUUGUCAUUGGCGAUUUGCAACAGUGACUGACAGCAUCAACAGACGGUUUUCCUAGUAACAUACUUGC